AUGCCGUGGAACAUGUUCAUCACCAUCGCCGACUCGUACUUUGUCAACUACAAGAUGAUCGGCGAGGGCGGCAAGAACUGGUACUCGCUGAACUUCAUGUACUUCCUCGGCAUCUUCUCACAGCUGCCUAACCUCAUCCUCAACCUCAUCAACAUCUUCGUCCCCGUCAAAGGCGAACUAACCCCCAGAAUCACCAUCUCACUAACAAUCGUCGGCGCCGUCGUCGCGUUCACUGACCUCUUCGUCUUCAUCGAUACGGCGGCGUGGAUCCCCGGCUUCUUCUGGCUGACGAUGAUCUCGAUCGCGGUGCUGAACGGCGCCAAUGGCAUCUACCAGAACUCGAUCUACGGGCUAGCGUCUGACUUCCCCUUCAAGUACACCAACGCCGUCGUGAUUGGCAACAACUUGUGCGGAACCCUUGUCGCUAUUUUUGCGAUUUUGGCUGUUUUGGUCACCGACAACAAGGCCUACCAGGCCUUCGGCUACUUCACCGUCUCGCUGUUGACCAUCAUCGGCUGCCUGUUCUCCUUCUUCAAGCUCAAGUCGCUGCGCUACUACCAGUACCACAACGAGCUCGGCAACGCCAACCGCGCCAAGGACGACAGCGGCCCGGCCAGCUUCAACGACUACUUGGAGACGCUCAAGCAGGGCUGGCCCCAGUUCAUGAACGUGUUCCUCGUUUUCUUCGUCACGCUGACGAUCUUCCCGAACAUGAUGGUCUUCAUCAACCCGCACACCGUCGUCCCGGGCCCCAACGGCACCACCGAGCUGCACUACGACUUCAUUCUGCCCGAAAGCCAGUACAUGAACUUCUGCGUCUUCCUGCUCUUCAACAUCUUUGCCUUCUUCGGCAGUCUGACAGCUAACUACGUGCAGUUCCCAUCGCACGAGUACCUGUGGAUCAUGACGUGGGCCCGCGUGCUGUUCAUCCCCUUCUUCAUGUACUGCAACUACUACCCGCUGAAGCGCACGCUCGCCGUUUUCUUCCCGUCCUACUACACGUACAUCGUGGGCGCCAUCCUGAUGUCGUUCACCUCUGGCUACUUCUCGUCGCUCGGCAUGAUGUACGCACCGAGGGUCGUGGACCCGAGCCGGGCCCGCAUCGCCGGCAUGAUGGCCGCCUUCUUCUUGAUUUUCGGAAUCGUCUCCGGCCUCUUCUUCACGAUGUACGUGCCGCGCUCGCGCGCUCCCGUCGCCUACAACGACGUCUUCAUCGUCGCGCCCAAGACCGUCGUCAGGAGCACGAAGAAAAAGCCUCGCAACAACACGAUCUGGGUGAUGUUCGAGGGCAACCAGUGGACGGACGUGGUGAUGAGCAUCGGAUGGGAUGGGGAGGACAAGCAGAAGCUGUUCAAAGUGCGCAGCAGUCAGCGGCGCUUCGACAUACCGUACUACGACAACAACUCCACAACGGCCCGCCUGAAGCUAGUCAUUCAACAACCGGCCACCGAAGAGCUGGCCGAUCUCGAGGUGGACGGCUCGGUGACGUUCCAGAGGAUGGGCGACGAGCGCCACCCUUACUACGAUGUUCAUCUACGGCAAUUGCAUUUGCGGAGCCAGCCUCGUCGCCAGCUGAACCUCCUCUACUCGGGGCUGAAGGCGAACAUCCUACCGAUGGGCAUGCACCGGCUUAUCAUGUGCGAGAACGGGAGGCUGACUACAGAGCGGUUUGACGCGCCCGAUCCAACGCCGGCUGUCGACUUCCACAUACAUGCCGUCGUCGUGACGAAGUUCUCACUCAACUGGACCGAGCAGACGCGUAGCGUGGAGUUGCCCUUCGAGAUUGACCUGGUCGACGACGGCUGCCUGCAAAUCGUGGGCAACUACACGGAGCUGAACGUCUACGAGAAUGUCGGCCGGCUCGAUAGGGAGUCACGAAAAGUCACCGGCGACCAGACGACCACGACCUACUGGUCUCCGGAGUGGACGCCGUUGCGCGUCGAGACCCUGGUCGGCGACCUCUAUCGUAUGGUCACCCCCAUUGAACUGUCGAUUGAUGGUCUCCAGUGGAAGCCGAAUGUCUUGUAUGAUGUGACGAAACUCUGCCUCAUCCCCACCCGCCAACCACCGUACGAGACGAUUCGCCAGGAACUGAACGAGACCGAUGAUAUGCUGCUCGCCGAACUUGCUGAAGUUGAGGAGGAUGAGGAAGGAUACGAUGACUUCCUCGAUGAUCUUUUCGACGAAGAGUCCGAGCACGACGCCGAGCAGUUCGACUGC